AUGGGAACACUUCAAGUUGUUAGGUGGCCAUUGAAGAAAGUCCUCGUCGGCGGGGGAAUUGUCAUUGUCGCUCUGGGAGUUGGACUUGGAGUUGGUCUAGGGGUUGGAUUGAAAAGCCGCGGAGGCAGUGGGAAGGAGAAUGCAACAGAGAGCAGCAACGUCAGCAACGUCAGCAACAUCACGACGGCGAAAUGGCAGCCAGGCGUGGAGACAACGUGGCAGAUCGAGCUGCUGUACGCGCUCAACGACACCUCGGUAGACGUGGAGGUGUACGAUAUCGACCUGUUCGAUAACGCCGCGACGACGAUUUCGGCGCUGCACGACGCCGGGCGCAAGGUGAUCUGCUACUUCUCUGCUGGGACGUACGAGAACUGGCGGCCGGACAAGGGGUCGUUUGAGGCGUCUGAUCUGGGCAAGACUGUGUCCGGGUGGCCGGAGGAGAGAUGGGUGAACAUCAGCUCGACGAACGUGCGGAAGAUCAUGGCCAGAAGACUGGAUCUGGCGGUUGGCAAGGCGUGCGACGGGGUGGACCCGGACAACGUGGACGGGUACGACAACGACAACGGGUUAGGCCUGACGGAGGAGGACUCGAUCCAGUACGUCAACUGGCUGGCGGACGAGGCACACGCGCGCAACAUGUCUGUCGGGUUGAAGAACGCGGGCGAGAUCAUCCCGGCCGUGCUGGCGAACAUGCAGUGGAGCGUGAACGAGCAGUGCGUGCAGUACGACGAAUGCGACAUGUUUGCCGUCUUUGCGCAGACGGGCAAGCCGGUCUUUCACAUCGAGUAUCCCAAGGGCGACUCGACGGACAACGAGUUGAACGUCACCGCCGCCCAGAGGGACAAGUUCUGUACGUUUUCGGGGUCGGGGAAUUUCUCCACGCUGCUCAAGAACAUGGAUCUCGACAAUUGGAUGGAGAGGUGUUGA